AUGGCCAAAAGAGGCAAUGCAGAGCAAGCAUCAAAAGUAACCAAGCCAUCUCAACCUCAUUCACGUAUCUCCCGCCUUAUCACUGCCUGUCUGCGAUGCCGUCACAAGAAGAUUAAAUGCGAUCACAAGUUCCCUACAUGCACCAAUUGCGAGAAAGCCAAUGAACAGUGUGUGGUCAAGGACCCUGAAACCGGCGAGGAAAUAUCACGGUUGAGCAUUCAAAGCUUGGAAAUCAAGCUUCGAGAAACUACAGAAGAAUUGAACAGAUUAAGAAUGGAAAAAAAGGGGAAAGCAUUCCAACCGCAGGAACCCAAUCCAUUAACUUUUGGUAAGGUUUUGUUCAUGCGAGAUUCCGACAUGGAUCAGAAACAUGCAAACGACAUACCCUUUGACAGCAUCAAUCUUCCUGAACGCUCAUUCGCAGAAUCUUGCAUUGUGUCAUUCUUCAAUCUGUCCAAUGUUCAGGUUCCCGUAUUGCACCGUGAUUAUUAUAUGCAUACGUAUUUCAAGCCUCUUUAUGGUACAGUGGGGAAAGAUUUGUGGUCGAGGCUUCUUGAAGAGCACGUUGAACAUCUGAAGUACAUUGAAACGCCCGUGAGCGUGAAUCAUGUUGACCUGAAACAGAAGUGCUUGUUUUUUCUUCACAUUAUCAUCGCCAUUCUGACGUCACAGCACCAACAAAAGUUUCCACUCACAAUAUCUGACCAUUACAAGAAUCAGGCAUUCAAGUACGUGGACCACGUAUGGAAGGAAGAGGAUAAAACAGAUAGGCCAGAGAUAUCAAAGCUUGAAAUAUUGCAGUCUUUACUCUUACUUGCCCAAUACUCUCUUAUGAGACCGUGUCAUCCAGGUGCAUGGUAUUUAGUUGGAACGUGUGUUCGGUUGUGCCAAGAUUUAGGUCUUCAUGACGAACCGUUGUAUACAAGGUCGCUGGAUGCUUUCGUUAUUGACAUGAGAAGAAGGUUGUUUUGGUCCUGUUACUCGCUCGAUCGUCAAGUGUCUAUCUAUUUUGGGCGCCAAUUUGGCAUUAAUAGCAAGCAAAUUGAGUGCCCGUUUCCUUCGGCUCUCGACGAUCUGAUGAUUUCUGUUGACAUGUCAGAGUUAUCACAGAAUAGUGUGCCGAUCACGAAUAAUCCUAACCUGAAACUAAUAUCAUUUCACUUUUUCCGAUUACGAAUCCUUCAAGGGGAAAUAUAUGACUUCGUCAAUGACGUAUCUCAUAGGAUAACUAAGCUGGAGAAUCUAAACGAUGAUAAAAUCCACCAGAAAAUACAUCAACAUGAUGAUUGGAAAAGUCAAAAGCAUACGGAACUUUUGUCGUGGUUUGAAAACGCCCCCAAGGGUAAUGCAAAUCAACAAUUUAAUGAAAUGGUAUUUAAACUUAACUUGAACCAAACAAUAAUCCAAAUCUACAACAUCAGUGCUAUUACUCCGUACAUUAUACAAUCAAGUCACCACCGGAUUCUCUACGAGGCAAGUCGGCAAAUAAUAUGGACAUAUGUGCAACUCACGGAGCAACAGCUAAUCAACUUUUCAUGGGUAGCGAUCAACAAUCUCUUCAUUGGUGCUAGUGUUUAUCUUUCGCUGAUCACGGGGGAUGAUCAGAUCCGAAAUUCCAUAUCUUUGGCUGGGCUUCGAAAAGAUUGUGCUGGAGUAUUGACAGUUUUUGAUGAGCUUUGCAAUAUAUGUUAUGAGCCAGCAAAAGAGUUCAGCAAAAAAUUUGAGAUACACAGCCGCAGCGUCAUUGAGCAAUGUCAGAGAGAGCAGGAGGCUAAGAGGAACGUACAAUUGUCUUCGAAUUCAAUAUCUAAAAGCGUAUCCGAAUCCAAUAUUUUCAGCAGCGUUGGAGGGACAGUAAUAGUUCCUGCUAAUCUUGUUACUUCGCCACAGAUAAACACGAGCGUUUACGAUGGGCAAAAUGAACCUCAGCCUUUCCAAAUUGAGCCAGACUACUUUGAUGUGUUGCACGAUAAUGAUCAACUAAUAAAGCAGAUGAUCGGAAGCAUUGACGCCACAUAUGAGGGCAUUUUCAAUGACAUUGAGUAUGAUGAUCAAGAUGGCAAGUAA